CUUUCCCUGCCUGCCUUCUGUAUCGCCAUUCCCACACUCACCCCUGCCCUUUGAGGACGGUCCGGAUGGCCGAGGAGCGGGAACAGCAAGCAGUUCUCUCUCCCUCUCUUCACACCUCCAAUGCUCUCCCAAAUCCGGACUCGUCUGGCAAUGGCGAGCAGUCAGUGAACCACAGCGACCCGCAAAGAUCAUCCGCGCUAUCCUCGACUGUGGGACCGGCAACGUUGGACGAGUCGGAUCCUCACCCAGCGCCAAACUCAGUUACCCCUUUGCCCCUAGCUACAGAAAAAGAGGCGCCGUCUUCUUCACAUCCGCGGAACCUCAUCUACACCGUCGAGACCCACGACAAUGACUCUAGUCUGCACACCUCCGACAAGCUCUCAUCGAGCUUGCACGAUUCUAGCAAUGUCGCGGUUCAGCCUGGACUAGCCUCAGCGAUGAAUGUCGCCGCUGCCUCUACUAUUCCAGUUAGUAAUGAAAGGUCCGGGCCGCACAUGCUUGAGGAGCAUGUCCUAGUGCCAGCUGCAGCCGAUGAGGAUCGUGAACAGGGGGACGAUGAUGGGGGAGUCAUCCGCUGCAUCUGCGACAUGAACGACGACGACGGCUUCACUAUCCAGUGCGACCGCUGUCUCGUUUGGCAACACUGUGCCUGUUUCGGCAUGUCGUCUUCCAGCGUACCCGAUGAGUACCUGUGCGAGGUCUGCGAUCCGCGUCCAGUGGAUGUAGCCUUCGCCAAAGCUCUGCAACAGCGCCGAAGGGACGAGGAAGCCCGUAAGACGAGUGUACGUCAGCCUCAAGCAAUCAGCUCUUCUGCAUCUCCCGCGUACCUUGCCCAAGCUAUAGCGGUGGUCGAUCCAGCUUCCGAGAAUACUGUAGCAUCGAGAGCCUCUCCGAUUGAGCUCGAUCAUAACACUGCAACACACCACAGAGCAGCCUCAAGCUCGUCGAAGACGCGAAAACUGAGCCAAAGUAUAGACCUGAGCAACACUGCUUUCAUUGUACCGGAGGGUCAAAGCAGUACCGACGGUCUCCCAAAAGCUUCUCGCAAGAAGCCCGGACCAAAGCCCGGUUCUCGAAAGACACCUUUAGCAACGCCCACGUCGGCUUCAACUCCCAGAGCCCUCAAUUUCCCAAACGUCUCUUCUCCGGCUGGAGUAGCCCGAGAAGAACGGGCAGCAGACGAGGAUCUCCUCAAUUCGGCAGACAAGCUGGAGGCCUGGCAUUUCGAAUUCACUCCCAUUCGUCGAAAUAUGGUGACGGAAACCGCUGUGUUUGACACGCUCGCCGCUAUCAUACACGACAACAAAGAUCAAACAACGGUGCCUGUUGAGGCAGAUGAAAAUGGCUUUCUGCUCGCGCCACUUGCCACUACUGAUGAGGCGGACAACGAGUUGGGGGCUGAAGAGGAGGCCAGCGGCAGCACAGCUCAGCAGCCUUUUGACCCCGGACAUUCGAGGGAGGGCAAGAAGCGUGUCCAUAGUCUUGGUCUCAGCGCGACCAGUAAUGAGUGUGUUCCACUUGCCAUUCGAAGCUCGUCCCUAUCUGACGCCGCAUGCGAGGUGUACGUCAAGGGUAUCUCGGAGGGCGCUGCCUCCGCCAUUUUUACAAAUGUUCUCUUCAUCACGCCAUUGCCUACUGAGCAAGCGCGAUCCUGGUCGGCAUCACGUUCCUUCUCCAAGCCAGUCAUGCAUGGCCUAUUCGCCGAAUCUGCAAUUCCUGCAGGAGCUUUCAUUAGCGAGUACAGAGGCGAGCUGUCCACAGCGGACUCGUAUAGGAACGAUCGUACGAAUCAGUACCAUAGCAUCGGAGCUACGAAACCACACGUCCACCUCUUCCCACCACCCCUCAGUCUGGCCAUCGACGCCCGCAGGUUCGGCACAGAGGCUAGAUUUGCGCGAUUCGGUUGUCAUCCCAAUGCAGUCAUUCGCCCAAUCCUCUUCUACAAAACCAAAGCGGGCGCCCAACACGAGCGAGAGACUCCCUCUGGAGAAUCCAGAGCCAGCUCUCCUGCUUUCGCGUCAUUGGGUGCUGAUGCAACGUCUGGUGCGACCUCAGACAGUGAUCCGGACAUUUGUUUCGGCCUCUUCGCGCUGCGGGAUAUUGCAAAGUCACACGAAAUUGUCCUGGGCUGGGAAUGGGAUGAUCAACACAUUGUGCAUUUCUUGCCCCAGCUCGUCCAGAAUCCCGCUCUGGAGACGCCCACAAGGCCUCGCUCGGUAACCGCCCUUGACAUGGCGAACAAAGGCGAAUUUCCCUAUUCUUCUACAUUGUUUGCACGGAAGAUGAAUUCAGCCACAACGGCGCUCUUGAGUACUUCCUUCUGUAGUUGUAUUGGAUCCGCCACCCCUCAGGGCGGUUCAAGUAGUGGCAGCGCUAGCUCUCACAAUGCUAGAAAGCAGGACUGUGCAGUAGCUCAGAUGCUGCGUGUGGGGCAGGGCAUGGGACUCAUGAAUGUCAACAUUCCAGGCAGUGCCAGGAACUCUCAUCGAAGGAUCAGGACUCCUUCCUUCGCCCCUCUAGUCGGCGUCCGAAGAUGGUGGCGAGGCUUGUCUAUGCCGCUCACGCCCCCUUCCUCUGCUGACAUCGAAGAUACACCGGAUGCACGAGACCUGCUCCUCAUGAACGGGACUGUGCCGGGACGGAUCACACAGCCAGGCAAAGUCAUACGCGUCUUGGAGGCUGACAUCAAAGACGCUGUGGAUCGGGCAGGACUCUGGAACGAGCAGAGGUCCGCUGCUAGCGAGAUGCACGCGCAGACCAUCCAACAGCGCGGGCACUCACACCGCCACUCGAAUAGAAUCAUCUCCCCUGGCGACGAAAGCAACGAAUUGAACGGUGCGAGCCAAUUCGAAUCUGAUUAUAGACUGGACGAUGGUGAGACCGAUGAAGAGCAAGAUCCAGGCGUCGUCUCGGACGUGUCUUCCAUUACGGAGCCUUUGGAAGGCCUCAGUGACCUGGAUAGCGCAGACGAUAGUCUUUCUCUGCAGAUGCUGGGAGCGAACGAGCCUGAUGGAGAUGAUUCUGAUCUCCCCACAGUUCUACCUCUCAAGAAGAGGAUCGCCGGUACUCGGCUAAAAGCCAACCACAUCUUGGCCGAUGAUCCUGAUCGCGAGGAUAAGACGAAUCGGCGCAAUGCAAGGAAAGCAGAAAGAGCAGCUGCUACGAACAAGGCAAGAGCGGCGAAAGCGGCCAAAAGACAGGUCAGUCUAGCAGCAGCGCGCAAGAGCGGCUUGACGAAGCACAAGGAUCGAAAAGAUGUUGCUGCUUUCGAUGCGGACGACUCGAGCGAGCUGUCGUCAGAGGACGAUGCGAUGGACGACGUUCGAAGCGGUCAGAAGUCGAAACGGCAACAGAGGCAGCGAUUGAAGCUGUCGUGUGUCCAACCCAGCUCGCCUCUUACAAGCGCCUCUGAAGGUGAACGGAACGGUGAAAAUGAGCAGGACGAUGACAAUGGAAGGUCAAUCCGGGCAGCAAUGCUCCACGAAGUCAACCGUCAGUCACGCCGAGGAGUCCUGAACGGUGAGCAGGAGGAUGAAGACAUGUCGUCGGGAUCCGAGCCUGUCCGAUCUGGCUACGUGGGUCGUCCGAAAACCCGACGCCCUAGCACAACAAAGACCGGCCGUGCUGUAGAGGUAGCGAAACGUGAUGUUGUACAGCGGCCGAAGCGGAAAAGGUCUUCCACGCUGGGUGAAGUAGCCAAAAGUCCCUCCACCGGUCAGUCGCGUCGUCGAAUCGAUACAGUCGAUGAUGCCGAUUCCACUGACUUGGACUCGUCAGACGUGAUGGGCGGGAGCAAUUCCGCUGGUGCUCGGAGGAGGAAAAGCAGCUCGAAGAGGUCUGUAGAUAGCUCUACGAAGGUUGUUGAAGAUGAUAAGGCACGAAUCUGGCAAGGAAGAACUUCACCGACACCACUCGAAGAAGAGCUUUCGACUCAGCGUUCUGACCUGUUCGAUCCUCAAAUCAAGAAGGAAGGCGUCGAGGAGCCGCUCGCGAGCGUGACACCCGCUACUCCCGCCCUGGCUCCUGCAGAACCCGAGAAACCCAGGGCGCGAUUGUCACUGGCUGAUUGGAAGAAGCAGCAGGCCGAGAAACGCAAAGCCGAGGCAGCUGCAGUUAUGCCCACGCUAUCCGCUACCUCUAUGGAGCCUGCGACCGGACCUGCGACUACCUACACCCUUGGCGAGCGAGCAAAUUCUGCUAUGUCGCCGCCCUUAGCGGCGGACGACAUCGCUGGAGUCCUCCCCUCUGCAAGUCGGCUGCCUCCACCUCCUUUGUCAGUCCGCACUAGUAGCUACGGCUUGCCUGUGCCUUCUGAUUCUGGCUCUGGUCCUUCUGCCACAUUCAGUCUCAGCGAAUUCCCUCCGGCUCCGCUUCCCCCGCGUGUUCCAGACGCCCAGCCCGCGCCGGACUCGGCCGAAGGACGACCACCAGUGCUGUCUCCGCCACCACUGCGACAUCCGUUGACUUCUCCAAAAUCGCCGGAAAUCAGGGCUACAGCGUCACCCGUCUCGUCUUUCAAAGUACCAGAGCGGACUGCUCUUUCACCUCGUCCGAGCGAUUCUUUGAUACCCUCCGCACCUGGUCCUCCCCCAGCCGCUCCUGCGGGCACGAUCUCAAAGCCUGCAAUCCCUGCCUGGCCCGCCACUUCAUCGCAGAUGUCACCAGUGUCGUCAACCAGACAAUCCGUGACCGCCUCCAGGCACACCGCUCCGCAGGUUCCUCUUGCCCCCCGAGCCUCUGUAGGUACGGAAGCUAGGGCCACACUACCAGGAAAUCGUGCUGUCAGCAAUUCAGCAAUCUCGCCGCCGCUGGGCCCUUCGCAGAGCAAAUUUUCUGCUAGUCCUCCAUCUUCUCACGCACUUCCAGGACCCUUGCCGCGAGGGGGCUGGAGUCCGCAAGGUGGCUUCGCUGUCCCCGGCAAUAUGCCACUCGCUCCUUUGACAACGCCUGGGCCAGACACUUUCGGUAGUCCUCUUAUGUCGAGGUCAGCAAGCGCGUCGUCUCAGGCCGCCGCGCAUCCCGCUUCGACAGGAGCGGCGCUGCCUUCGCCAUCACUAGCACUGGCACCAGGAUCAACGCCGGCCCUGCCACCUUCGGGUCCGGCAGCUUUGUCAACACAUGGUCUAUCAACACCAGCAAGCAGAUCAAACGAGCCUACUCCUAGUCCCAAAGGACAAGGCCUACGACAAAGUAGCGCAGGCUUCGCGGGCCCAGUCCCGGCUGCUCCUGCUGCUCUGCGCAGGAACAGUGUCACCGCCUCAACUUCAUCAGCACCAUCUUCAUCUGCUAGUGCACCGCCGGGUCACAUUCCUUCCGGGCCGACCGCAGCUGUAGCCGCGCCCUUCAAUCCCCCUAAAGGACCUAAAGCUCUUAUGACCCCAGCACCUCCCGUCAGCACGUCUACCACGGGCAGUAACGCAAUUUCCCUCCGAGCAGGAGGCGGGAGUGCCGGCUUCGCACCAGUGGACGUACCUGGACCACCUCGAGCUGCACAACCAAACAGUAAGAACUCCACCGCCGACAGCGGCUCUGAAGCAGGUGGCUCACCACCUGCAUCUGUGCAGCCCCAAAGACACCUCAGCAUCCUUGGACGCGGAGCCGCAGCGGCAGCUGCUGCAUCGUCUUCCUCCAACGGCGGCGUUGCAUCCGGAGCUGUAGAUCGAGCGAAUGAGCGUUUCAAUACUAGCCCUACUGCCGAUAGACCCUCGAGCAUUGGCUCGCCUCCGUUCCCCAGUAGCGGAUCUUUUCGAGGCGGUGCGGGUGGGGCAGUCCGUGGGGGGCUACGUGGAAACGCGCACCAUGGCCAUGGGGCGUUCCCUCGUGGCGGUGGCUGGGGCAACAGAGGAGGACGAGGAGGAGGAGCUCUCGGACCGGCAGGAGGUGCUGGGACCGGCAGCAAUGCUGGGUUGGGCGGUGUCUCCGGGUCCGGCUGGGCGGGAAGGGGCAGAGGACGGGGAGGAUCCAUGGGCGGCAGGUGAGCGGAACCGAGGACAAGCACAUAAAGGGCCGAGCGAAUCGUGGUUCCCCUCUGGGCCUUCUGGUAUUGUUUGUAUUUGUGCGAUCUUGUUGUAACACUCUCUUGCGAUCAGCCAAUCAAGAU